CCGUCUUCUAAUUUCUGAGCUGCUUCACGUCGAGUCCAGGCUCGGUUUAGUCAUUCUCAGAUUCUCUUCGCUUUUGAAUUUCGGUGUGCCGAUUUCGGCAUUUCCAACUCCGCAAGCAGCUCGAUUCGCGGUGGCACGGUUGGCCUUUGCCCAUAAACCCUAAAAACCCCACAACUUUGGAUUUUACCACCCACCCAUUUGAUCUAACAUGAGCAUCCAUUGCUUUAAAGAGGAUGAAGCUUUGUGUUGAAGUUCUGGCCUUCGCUUCCUUCCUCUCAGCGAUGCUACUCUUCUUUCGCAGUCUUUUCCACGUUAGCCGCAGAGCCUCUCACCGAGUAAUAGCUCUAUCUUCGAUUUCCUCGCAUCCGGGUUGCUUAUCUUUCAAUAUAUUUAAUGCCCCAUCAUCAAAAAAUGGCUAUUGCAUUUCUUUUCCGUCUUUCUGGUUCGCUAGCUUUCUUUGUAUAUUUCGGCUCCCUUUUGUUACUUACUCGAAUACAAAUAAUUCAUUUGAAUUCUUAGACUUUGGUUCCCUUCGUAAAAUAAUACAACAAGACCUCUGGAACGAUCCUAUGAUUGUUGUUUUGUUUGAUUCAGCACUAGCGCCCAUUUGGGUUUCUAAGAUUUUAGUUGAAUUUAAAGAAGAUCCAAAACUAGCUUUCAAGUUCUUCAAAUGGGCUGGAAGCCAGGUUGGUUUCCGCCAUACCACCGAGGCUUACUGCAUUGUAGUUCACAUACUGUUUCGUGCGAGAAUGUACGCAAAUGCCCACGAUAUUAUCAAGGAAGUGAUUUUGAAGAGCCAGAACGACUUGGUUUUGCCAGUUUGUAAGAUAUUUGAUAUACUUUGGUCGACUAGGAAUAUUUUUGUGUUAGGAACAGGGGUCUUUGACGUUUUAUUUAGUGUUUUGGUAGAGUUGGGGCUGCUUGAGGAAGCUAAUGAAUGUUUCUUGAGAAUGAGGAAGUUUAGAACUCUUCCCAAAGCCCGUUCUUGCAAUUUUCUUUUGCAUAGGUUAUCAAAGUCAGGGAAAGGACAGUUGGUGAGGAAGUUUUUCCAUGACAUGAUUGGGGCUGGUAUUGCACCUUCGGUUUUUACCUACAAUGUAAUGAUAGAUUACUUGUGCAAAGAAGGAGAUUUGGAAAAUGCUAGACGUUUGUUUGUGCAAAUGAGGCAGAUGGGCUUUUCUCCUGAUGUUGUGACAUAUAAUUCUUUGAUUGAUGGCUAUGGCAAGGUUGGUUUAUUGGAAGAAUCUGUGUAUUUAUUUAAUGAAAUGAAAGGUGCAGGCUGUGUUCCUGAUGUAAUUACCUACAAUGCUUUAAUCAAUUGUUUCUGCAAGUUUGAGAAGAUGCCUCGAGCUUUUGAGUAUCUCUCUGAGAUGAAGAACAAUGGGUUGAAACCAAAUGUUGUAACCUAUAGCACCUUGAUUGAUGCUUUUUGCAAGGAGGGAAUAAUGCAAGGUGCCAUAAAACUUUUUGUUGAUAUGAGAAGAGUAGGCCUUGUACCUAAUGAAUUCACCUACACUUCUCUGAUUGAUGCCAAUUGUAAGGCAGGUAAUUUGACAGAAGCAUGGAAGUUGUCUCACGAUAUGUUGCAAGCAGGAGUUAACUUAAACAUAGUCACUUAUACUGCCCUAAUGGAUGGCCUUUGUGAAGAUGGAAGAAUGACGGAGGCAGAAGAAGUGUACAGGGCAAUGCUGAAAGAUGGAAUAUCUCCCAACCAGCAAGUUUACACUGCUUUGGUUCAUGGCUAUAUCAAGGCGGAGAGAAUGGAGGAUGCAAUGGAAAUAUUGAAGCAAAUGACAGAAUGUAACAUCAAACCAGAUUUAAUACUCUACGGAACCAUUAUUUGGGGUCUCUGUAGUCAAAAUAAACUUGAAGAAACUAAGCUUAUAAUUAAAGAAAUGAAGAGUCGGGGUAUUAACGCAAAUCCAGUUAUAUACACAACAAUUAUAGAUGCUUAUUUUAAGGCUGGAGAAAGCUCAGAUGCAAUAAAUCUUCUUCAGGAGAUGCAGGAUGCAGGUAUUGAGGCUACUGUUGUAACCUACUGUGUAUUAAUUGAUGGUUUGUGCAAAACAGGUAAGGUCGAACUAGCAGUUGAUUAUUUUGGUAGAAUGUCUGCUUUUGGUUUACAACCUAAUGUUGCAGUUUAUACAGCCCUCAUUGAUGGUCUUUGUAAAACAAAUUGCGUUGAAUCUGCCAAAAAGUUGUUUGAUGAAAUGCAAUGUAGGGGUAUGGCCCCGGAUAAAACAGCUUUCACUGCUCUGAUUGAUGGCAACUUGAAGCUUGGAAAUCUUCAGGAAGCUUUGAAUUUGAGUAGUAGAAUGACAGAAUUAGCUAUCGAGUUUGAUUUGCAUGCUUACACUUCCUUGGUUUCGGGAUUUUCUCAAUGCGGUGAGCUGCACCAAGCGAGGAAGUUUUUUGAUGAGAUGGUUGAGAAGGGCAUACUUCCUGAGGAGAUUUUAUGUAUAUGUCUAUUGAGAGAGUAUUACAAGCUUGGACAGUUGGAUGAAGCCAUUGAAUUGAAGAGUGAAAUGCAAAGAAGGGGUUUGAUUACUGAAAAGUGCAGCCAUGCAGUUCCUAGUCUAACAAGAGGACUCCAAUGACUAAUCUGAUCAUCUUUGGCAUCUGGAAGCUGAGGUUGUAUCUUAAUCGCAAGCACAUGCGGCAUUUAUUUGGAAUUCAGAAGUAUGAUGACCCAAGAAACCCACCAUUCAAAUGGGUUCUGUGUUUGAUGGGAAGAACUUGCAAGCAAUGCAUGAUGUAUCUGAUGUUGGUUUUGGAAGCUCUGAUGCAAAAUCUUCCAUUUGAUAAGAUGUAGCUUUCCAGUUUUCAAAUGACAUUCUGCAGAAAAAUCCCAUAAUGUCAUGUGUUUCAUUAAUCAUCAAUCUUCUAAAAAUGUCCAAAGAGGAUUCGUGUGGGCAGAGAUAUUGAUUCCCAUGGAGGCAUUCUAGUGAAAAUACCUAUCUGUUAUUGGUUCUGAGGGAAGCAUAUUCAUUCAAGUUUGAAGCUCGGCACUGCUUAUUAUGAGCAAGGAUUUUUCUUCCUCUGGAAAAAGCUCAUCAACUUCCUUUUCCUCCAAAUGGAAGGUCUUCACGGAUGAGGAGCCACUUCUAAAUCAUCAUGGGUUGACUUAGUGUUCGUAAAUGUAAAUAGUAAAGGGCUGAGAAAAAAUAAGCUCAAAGUUUAAACCAUAGUGGCCACCUACCUAUGAUUUAAUAUCUUACCAGUUAACUUGGCAAUCCAAUGUAGUAGGGUCAUGUAGUUGUUUUGUGAGAUUAAUUGAGGUGCGCUCAAGCUGGUCUGGACACUCACGGAUAUCAAAAGAUAAAAGUAAAUAAAUAAGUKGUUGGUUUUGGAGAGUAUAUCUGGCAAAUCAUUGGCAGAAUCAGAACCCAUCCAUAUUUGUUGAGGGUGCUUUGAGAGGUUCAAUUGUUGAAUAAUUGCGACUUGUUUGGCUCCUCCUAACACAUUAUAUGCAAGUCCCAAAUCUCAACAGUUCUGGAAGAGAGAACCUGCUUAAUAAUUUGUAUUACCCUUGCGGAAUACAAAUGAGGUGAUGUGAUGUACAAAAUUUUAUUUGUUUUGAAAAUCUGUACAUGAUUUUAAGAAAUGAAGCAGGAGAAACAUAGAGAACAGAGUGUUAUUGUCUACAAACAACCAUAAGCUAUCUGUUUUUCGGUUGCGUGAAAAA